CUCUCUCCACAGUUUUCUCAUGCAGACACUUACGCCGAACACCGACUUAUUCCAUGCAAAACGCCGUCGUUUCACUUGCAGCACACAAACAUCGACUUUGAUCCCGACGAAGACACUUUCGGUUUUUCCGGCGAGAAAAACCAACAGAGAACAUCUCAUGAACCUUGAGAAUGUUCUCAAGACCUCAUCGACCUUUACAGAUAAUCUCGACAGUGUCUCUUCUCGUCAAGAUAAAACGAAGACGUCGACGUCGACAUUACUCAAAGGUUUGAAUUUGGCGCGAAUCUGGCCUCAGAUGAAAGCAGCCGUCGACGAAAUGUCGCCGAAGAAUCUCAAGCGUCUCCAAAGGCUUCUCUCCAAGUCAUCGGAGGAGCGUUCGCCGAAGAAUAAACUCGGGUCUAAAUGGCGGGAACUACACGGGUCGAAUAACUGGGCCGGGUUACUGGAUCCGCUAGACGAGAAUCUCCGGCGAGAGCUUGUCCGGUACGGAGAGUUCGUGCAGGCGGCUUACCAAGCGUUUCACUCUGACCCGGAAGGUUCGCCGAGACACGUGGCGUUACCUGACGGGUCUUAUAAAGUGACAAAAAGUCUUUACGCCACGUCAUCCGUUCGUUUGCCUAAGUGGAUUGAUGAGGUGGCACCAGAUCUACGGUGGAUGACUAAGCAGACGAGCUGGGUUGGGUACGUGGCGGUCUGCGAUGAUCCGAGUGAGAUCCGACGGAUGGGGAGGAGGGAGAUCGUCAUCGCGCUCCGUGGAACCGCCACGUUGCUCGAGUGGUCAGAAAAUUUCAGGCCGAAUCUCGUCUCCAUGCCCGAACCCAAACCCGAUCCAUCUGACCCGACCCGGCCCAAAGUGGAAUGCGGAUUCAACAGCCUCUACACGACGGGUAGCCACCAAGCGCCGAGCCUCGCCGAGUCAUUAAUCGGAGAAAUCAGCCGGCUCGUCGAUCUAUACGCCGGAGAGGAGCUGAGCAUCAGCGUCACCGGACAUAGCCUCGGCGCCGCCAUUGCGCUCCUCGCCGCCGACGACAUAGCCGAGCGUGUUCCACACGCGCCUCCGGUGUCGGUGUUUUCAUUCGGCGGGCCUCGAGUCGGAAACCGGGAGUUCGCCGAUCGGUUGGAUUCGAAGGGAGUGAAAGUCCUCCGCGUAGUGAACAGCCAGGACGUGGUGACGAAAGUCCCCGGGAUAUUCUCCGAUAACGAUAAGCAAGGGCAGAAUCGUAAUAACGGGAGAAGUCAAGGGGGUAUAAUAAUGGAGAUGGUGGAGAAGAACAAUCCAUGGGCUUACUCGCACGUGGGAGCGGAGCUGCGCGUAGAUAUGAAGAUGUCUCCGUACUUGAAACCGAAUGCUGACGUGGCGUGCUGUCAUGACUUGGAGGCGUAUUUGCAUUUGGUCGACGGUUUUUUAGCGUCGAACUGUCCGUUUAGGGCAAACGCGAAACGUAGUUUGAGGAAGCUUUUGGAUGAGCAACGGUCAAACGUCAAGGCUUUGUACACUGGAAAGUCUUUGAGACUUAGCCGUAUUACUACUGUUCCUGAUAACGGAGAUGUUUUGCCUAGUCCGUCGUCAUGACAGAGCUCUAAUUUUCUUUUUCUUUAUGCACUUUUGAAAAAAUGUAUUUUUUUUUGCCGACAAGCCUAAUUGUUAUUAUUAGUUUGCCGACUAUUUUGUUUGUUCCUAUUUGGAAUAAAAGCUUUUUAUUUAUCGCCAUUGGCAUGUUAAAUGCAAAUGAUAGAAGUUGUGUUACUGUGUAAUAUUUUGGAGUCUUUUGACAUUUGUUAUAAAUAGAAAUUUGGCGUU